CCUCUGAAGUGUCAGAAGUUUGCGCGUGACGUCAUCUGUCUUUGUCCAGCAGCAGGAGCCGCUAACGCUGUGGAACUGAAUCCCGAAUAACACAGAAUGGGAAGCCAGCGAUAUUCCAGACAGUGAUUCCUUACAGACUCAUCAGUAUAUGUGAAGAUGUGCGAUCUGAGCUCAGCGCUCAUUAGAGAGGGCUGGUACCUUACAGAUGAAGGAAUAGACGAGUGUAAAAGUUCUUCAGAGAAGGAGAAAACAUCAUUGACUGACAUCAUCCAAGUAGCGUUAAAUAAUGAUCUGAGACCCAUAGGAAAGAGCUUUCUGCCGGCGGACAUCAACAGUGGCCGAAUAGAAAAGUUGGAGGGUCCGUGUGUCCUUCAGGUGCAGAAGAUUCGUAAUGUGGCCGCUCCCAAAGACCACGAGGAGUCGCAGGCAUCGCCCAGAAUGCUGCGAGUGCAGAUGACGGACGGACACACCUUGUGCACUGGCCUUGAGUUUAAACAUCUGUCCAAAAUCAGUCUGAACACUCCACCUGGAACCAAAGUGAAGCUUCUGGGGGACGUUCAGGUUAAGAACGGCAUCCUGCUAUUGGAUGAUUCCAAGAUCGCCGUUCUCGGAGGCGAGGUUGAUCACAUGAUCGAGAAGUGGGAGUUUCAGAGGAGCCUGGCCAAGCACAGCCGUAGAAACGUUGGUGCAGAAGGUGGACCUCCUCCAUUCGUUCCCUUUGGACAGAAAUGUGCUCAUAAGGAGCAGGUGGACAGCAGAGCUCUGGAUCAGAGGAAGACCCUUCAGAGCACGAACGCUGUCAAAUCUGUUGACGACAACGAUGAGUUUGAGAAACAAAGAACCGCUGCUAUCGCAGAGGUCGCCAAGAGUAAAGAGACGCGUACGUUUGGCGGUGGAGGCAACGCAGGGGGAAACCUCGCCAAUCCAGGAUCCACCUACAAGAAUCGAGACCCCUAUCAAAGAAAAAGAGAGGAGAGAGAAAAGCCGUGGACGGAGAACAAGUCAGAAGGAGUUUACAGAGAUCUGGUUGAUGAGCGAGCUUUGAGGGACAUCAUGGAGAUGGGCUUUAACCGUGAGGCGGCCAGACAGGCCCUGCUGGAUAACAACAAUAACGUGGAGGUGGCCCUCAACCUCCUGCUCACCGGAACAAACCAGCCCAAAGCGGCCCAGAUGGAGCAGAGCCGCCCACCUCCUCGAGGAAAGGGUCGUGGAAGGGGACGCUCCAGACAAGAUGAGGAUGAGGAAGCAGGAGGAAGACCAUCUGGGCCCAGCACGCUGUUUGACUUCCUGGAGUCAAAAAUGGGGACGUUCUCCAUUGAUGAGUCAAAGAACCAGUCUUCACUACAAGACCACCAAACUAAGAUGACUUUCCCCAACACCGAUCAAAUAUCCAGAGAUGGCGCCCCGUCCAAACACCCUCCACGAAAUGAGGGAAGGCCGCAGAGAAACGACAGGCCUCCCCGUUUCCAGAAGGACGGAGACUUCCCUAAACCUAUCCCAGCCUCUUCCACCUUCUCCCAGCCACAGAAAUGGAGGGACGGAGAGCGACCAGGAAGAGGAGGAUCAGAGCGAUGGAAGAAUGAAAGUCAAGAUGCUAGAAUUGCAUCUUCCUCGUACUCCUCUUCCUCGACAGGGAAGUCCAGGGAACAGCAAGGAAAGGAACAUAGUGGAUCAAAGGGCUUCCAGCAGGAACCCCACAAUGGUGGAUGGAAAGAGCAGAAUGGGACUGGACGGUCCGAUCCUGCUUCAUUUAGGAAAAACCAAUCAAACGGAUCCGCGGCACCCAAAUCCUCAAAUCCUGCUGCGUCAGGCUCAGAUCCUAAAGGAAGAUAUGAGGCGAACAACAGAAGGAAAGGCAGGCCAGAAAGACCCAAUUCGGGCUACUUUGAGCGUUCCCAAGAUGCAAUGAAAAAAGACUUUUCGCAGGAUGUGGGAUCAGGCCAGUUCAUCAAAGUGGGUGGGGUUUCAAACACGCAGCUCCCUAAUGGAGAUUUAGAACACAGGCGGACCGGUCCAAUCAAGCCGCAGUCUUCAGGCCCGCCUCAAAAGCAAACCAACACGCGUAACUCCGCCCCCAAAAAGAGAUCCGGCCCAAUCAAAGGUCAGAGAGAGCCAGCCGACACAAAUAAUUACGUAAACUGGAAAGCAGGUGACCAAUGUCUCGCACUGUACUGGGAAGACAAUAAGUUUUAUCGGGCGAGCAUCGAUGCCGUCCACCCCUCGGGCUCGACGGCUGUGGUCGUGUUCAGUGACUACGGCAACUGCGAAGAAGUUCUGCUUCACAAUAUCAAACCACUGCACAUGGAUGUUUGGGGGAAAGACAGGACAGGAGUAGCUCAGAGUUAAGACACUGAAGGUUCGUGCGGACCGAAGUCAGUGAUAUUGUGUCUCGUGUCUUCCCUUAUCAGCAAACAUCGGACCGGUGUGCCAUCCCUCCAGCUUCAUUUGUUGUAGCCAGCGAAGCGAACACACAGUAAGUCGAUAGCAUCCGCCUGAAACCAAGAUCUCGGCGGUGGGCCGCUAUCAUUUUUCACAUUACAAAAGACACUAUGAACAACAUUUCACCCGUAGCCAAAGACUCGCUCGGAAUAACAACGACGAAAACAUUCGGAUCUGUGAACAUCUGAUCCGGAAUGAUGAAAAAAGGACUCGCUGCUUAAGAAAACUGAUGUUUGCUGUUAUUGUAAAUGGCAGCGAGUAUGGGGAGGGAUUUAUCAUAUGCAUGUUGAAGUUCUGCAUUUGCAUAUAUAAAUAAUUCAUAGCAUGUGAUAUAGAGACCAUCUCUGAAUAGCUGGAAGUCUCGGCCUGACAGAGCGCUUGUACUUCUACACUUUUACUGAUUAGUGCAGACAAAUUAGGUUAGACGUGUGAUGAGAACUGGCCUAGAAAACACAAACUAAAGAACUAGCACGACUCGUGUUGCCUAUGUAAUUAUAGGCUGUGAAGGCAUGGAAAUGUUCAAAUUCCUCAAUAGAUUAGCCUGUUUUGUUAUAGGACAGGUUAGCAUUAUGACAUCAGCAGUUAUUAGACGUGCAGUGCAGACUUUUCUUAAGUAAAUUCAUUAUAUACUGUUUUCCUUUCACCUUGGGGAAUGUUGGGUUGUGGGUGUGCGACAUCACGCAAACAUUGUAUGACUGUUCGGAAUAAACACUGAGAUGUUAGCAAAAGACACGCAUCAAUGAGUCAGGGGUGUAAAACGGGGUAAAUGAUCCUGUUAGUCGUUGUUGAAUUGUUUAAACUCUGCAGUUUGUUUACUAGAAGACUUUAUUGACAUUCACACAAAGUUAACAGUUGUUGCCAUUUUGUUUCCUUGUACAUCACUGAUGGGACGCAGCAGUUGUUUCUGACUGGUAAAGUACGGUUGGUUUACACUGCUGUUCAAAUGUUUGUCUUUUCCUCUGGAAUUAUGUUUUGUUUUUUCAAUUUUUUUUUAUUUUGUACCAUCGGAAUGGUACAAAACUUGGUAAAGGUUUUGCUAUGUGAACAAAAAUAAAUGAAUAAAUAAAUAAUAGUCACAAAAAUAAGUGAAAUCAAAAAUAAGUGCAUUGGAAAUUAAUAAGGAGCUGUGGAAACGCUUGGUACUGCAGCCAAACAAAAUCUUACUGAAAGCUCAUUUUUUGAGAUAUCAGCCUCAAAUUUGGAGCACAACUUGUUUAGACGUAUGGCUUUGAUUUUGAGUAAAACAUGUUUUGGAAAAUAUAUAUUUCAUAUAAAAAUUGAAAAUAGUA